AUGAAUGAAAUACUGUCAGGCAUUUACAUUGGUGGUAUUAGCGCUGCGACGGAUGAGUUACUCUUAAAGGUAGUUGAAACAAGUUAUUAUCAAAAAAAUUAAAAUUCUGUACGUUUUUUCUGUUUGUGAAUUGCGUUUUAUUUUAGAAAUGUAACAUAGAGGCCGUAGUGUCAGUGUUGAAUGAAUUUUACCGUCAACCUGUAGCUGUAAAGCAUAAAUUGAAACUAUCAGUCGAUGACAUGCCAUUCUAUCCAAUUCAUCGCAGCUUUGAAAAAGCUGUCAAGUUUAUAUAUGAGCACCACGUCCAAAAAUGUAAAAUUUAUAUACGAUUUAACGUUAUUUCUUAGAAUAUUUAAUUUAAAUAAGUUUCAAACUUUUUUAAAGUAAAUUUUAAAAAGAAAUUAAAAAUUAAAAUUAAGGCAGUAUAUUGGUGCACUGCUUUAUGGGCGUAUCUCGGAGUGUGACAAUAAUGCUGGCUUACAUAGUGACCGUAUUGGAUGUUGAUGUAAAUUCUGCGUUACGAUAUGUAAAACACAAACGUUUUUGUGCUGAACCAAAUUUUGGAUUUCUGGAACAAUUACAUGAUUAUGUAAAGCAAGUAAGUCAUAACUUUUUCAACUCUUUCUUUAACUUUUUAGCUUAAACUAUUAUGUUAAAUAAAUUGUAAUUAAAAAAAAAACAGUAAUUGAAUUUUUCAGGACCGCAAAGCUAUACAAAGCGAAUUGAUUAAAAUGCAUGGAGACAUAAAAUUUUACAAGGUUAAAGAAAUGACGGAAACUUAUAUUAAAAAUAAUUUUUAA